AUGUCCGACGAGGAGUGCCCGCCGAUUUCGAUUUCAGAACAGAAGUCACGUUUGAUUAUGGUGACAAAGUAUCUGCCGGUAUUCGGCUGGUUACCACAAUAUACUCGAUUUAAAGCCGCGUCAGACCUAAUCGCAGGCAUCACUCUGGGUUUGACUGUAAUCCCUCAAAGUAUGGCUUAUGCAAUGCUGGCUGAACGAAUUCCACAGUAUGGUCUGUACUCUUGCUUUGUGGGCGGUUUCUUAUACAUUAUUCUUGGGACCACCAAAGAGGUCUCGAUUGGUCCAUCAUCUUUGAUGUCCCUUCUUACGUUGCAGUACACGCGAAAUAUGCCGCAGGAUUUCGUAAUAUUAUUAUGUUUUCUGACUGGAUGCGUUGAAUUUUUAAUGGGCGUACUAAAUCUAGGAUUCUUGGUGGAUUUCAUAUCAGACCCAGUCAUGUCGGGUUUUAUGUCAGCAGGAGCGCUCAUUAUAGCAAUCGCUCAGCUGCAGGGCUUUCUGGGAUUGAAGUAUAAGUCAGAAAGUAUUGUAGACAAUAUGUACAAAAUGUUUAAAAAUAUCAAUGAGGUUCAACUGCCUGAUUUCGCACUCGGGGUUUUCAGCUUUGUAUUUCUUCUGAUCUUGAAAAAACUGAAAGAUAUUAAUUAUCCUUGCAUGAGAAACAAGAAGGAUGCUUCGAAAAAGGCAAUGAUAAAAAAGAUUCUUUGGUAUUUCUCCAUUGGUAGAAACGCUCUCAUUGUGCUUAUAACAUCCACGAUAGCGUACCAAUUUGAAGCGAAUACAGGAGCUAUUCCGUUUAGUCUUUCAGGAAAAAUUGAAGCCGGCAUUCCCAAAUUAUCAUUACCGCCAUUCUCAUCGCAAGUAGGAAAUCAAACUUACACGUUUUUGGACAUGUGUACUCAUUACGGAUUAGGGCUAGGAAUACUUCCUAUCAUAGCCGUCUCGGUGAAUGUAGCAAUAGCCAAAGCGUUUGCGAUGGACUCCUCCAUUAACGCGACACAGGAAAUGCUAGCUCUCGGUCUUUGUAACAUAUUAGGCAGUUUCGUGUCAUCGCUUCCAACUUCCGGUGCAUUUACUCGAAGCGGAGUUGGCAGUGCCAGUGGAGUGCAAACGUCUAUGGCCGGUCUAUAUUCUGGUACUAUGGCAUUGCUAGCGUUAAGCUUUUUGACGCCGUAUUUUUAUUACAUUCCACGCGCAACGUUAUCAGCAGUGCUGAUAAGUGCUGUGUUACCCAUGAUCGACCUGAAGAUCAUAAAAGUAUUUUGGAAAGGAAACAAAACGGAUGCGAUCGCGGCGACAGGCACUUUUGUGAUCUCCAUUCUUAUCGGCAUCGAGAUCGGGCUUCUUCUCGGUGUUCUUUUCAACUUGAUUAUUUUCAUCCGAUUCUUCACAAAAUUAACAUUUCAAACAAACAACUGCAAGACUCAUCUAGGAAACAAAUACAUAAUGCUAAAAUUCAACACAUGUUUCCAUUAUCCCUCAGCAACUUCUUUUUGUGAUAAAGUUAUAAAUUUAGCUACAAACAAUGUCCCUUUGAUAAUAAACUGCAAGACAUUCACUAGUCUCGAUUACACUUCAAUCAAGGCUAUUGAAACGUUAUCGAAAAGAUUAAACCACAAAAAAAACCAAUUUUGGUUGUUAGAUCUUAAUUCUGAUAUCGUGAAAAAUUUCGAUGUUUUCGCCGACGACAAAUAUAUUCGUUUGAUCGAAAAAGAAGAGGACAUCGCAAACGUUCUUUACGACGAUGCUUUAUCCAAUCUAAAUUCUGAAAAUCUGAUUAACAUUACAACGAAUUCGCGACGAGAAGAUUCCGAAUCCAACGCCGAAGAAUUGACCUUAAUGUCAACAUUCGAAUGUAAACUAGUACAACAAUAAUCAAACGAUUAGUUUUUAAUUUAGCCUGAAAAUUAUAGAUAUAAAUGUAAUUAAAUAAAAAAUUUUACUCAGACCGAAGUCAAGUUCUCAAAACAAAGGUCGGUAUUCAUAAACAGAUCGAAACAUUCAGAGGCUAGUAUUAUCUAUAGUUGAUUUUUAUAUUUGUGACUGUCCUUAAUACAGACGUCAUAAAACCUGAUGUCACUAAAGACCGAUAUACUUAUA